AUGUUGCUUGAACACCCGGGGUCAAGCUGUCAAAACACCGGAAACUUCUCCCGGUACAGUUCAGGCCAAGGUAAGAAAAUCCCAGUAUGUGCAGGCUGCAGUCAACACAUCGUGGACCGCUUUAUCCUUAAAGUGUUGGAUCGCCACUGGCACAGCAAGUGCCUGAAAUGCAGCGACUGCCAGGCGCAACUGUCGGAGAAGUGCUUCAGCAGGGGCGACAGCGUCUACUGCAAAGAGGAUUUCUUCAAGAGAUUCGGGACCAAAUGCGCAGCCUGUCAGCAGGGGAUACCGCCCACACAGGUGGUGAGGAGAGCGCAGGACUUUGUCUACCACCUGCACUGUUUUGCCUGCAUCGUGUGCAAGAGGCAACUGGCCACAGGUGACGAGUACUAUCUGAUGGAGGACAGCAGGCUGGUGUGUAAGGCCGACUACGAGACCGCCAAACAGAGAGAAGCAGACUCAACUGCAAAAAGGCCACGAACAACCAUCACUGCUAAACAGCUGGAAACGCUGAAGAACGCUUACAAUAAUUCUCCCAAACCUGCCCGACAUGUCCGGGAGCAGCUAUCAUCAGAGACGGGCCUGGAUAUGCGGGUUGUGCAGGUUUGGUUUCAGAACAGGCGAGCUAAAGAGAAAAGGCUGAAGAAAGACGCCGGUCGGCAGAGGUGGGGGCAGUAUUUCCGCAACAUGAAGAGGUCACGAGGAAGCUCCAAAUCGGACAAGGACAGCAUCCAGGAGGAGGGCUUGGACAGUGACGCCGAGGUGUCCUUUACAGAUGAACCCCCAAUGUCAGAGCUUGGCCUCACUAACGGCAUCUACAGCAGCCUGAGUGAGUCCUCCCCAGCCAUUGGGGGCCGCCAGGGGGGCAAUAAUCAUAGCUCCUUCCCCCUAGAGCAUGGCGUCCUCCCCUCUCAAGACCAGUUCCACGACAUCCGCUCCAACAGCCCCUAUGGCCUUCCUCAGUCACCGGGGUCGCUUCAGGCGCUACCCAGACACCAGCCUCUCAUCUCUAGCUUGGUCUACCCCGACUCCGGCCUUUCUAUCAUGACCCAGGGCAGCGGGCCUGGGAUCAACUCUGCCGUGAGGGUCUCCAUGGGGGCCGCCAACGGCCCCAGCUCGGACCUAUCGACUGGCAGCAGCGGAGGAUACCCUGACUUUCCUGCCAGUCCUGCCUCCUGGUUAGAUGAAGUGGACCACGGGCAGUUUUGA